GCAGAAAUGCGCCUGCAGGACCAGCAGCUGGCAAGGCAGCUCAUGCGUCUUCGGAGCGACAUCAACAAGCUGAAAAUUGAGCAGACCUGCCACUUGCACCAGCGCAUGCUCAAUGAUGCUACAUACGAGCUGGAGGAGAGAGACGAGCUCUCCGACCUCUUCUGCGACUUCCCGCUCAUGAGCUCCUUCAGCCUCUCCACGCCGCUCAAGCUCAUCGGGGUCACCAAGAUGAACAUCAACUCCCGCCGGUUCUCACUGUGCUGAAGCGGGGACUGAAGAGGGAAGGAUAGGGGAGAGGGAGAAGACGGGGCAGCACAAGG